AUGCAUCUCCUACGUCUAGGAGCCACAAUCGGCGGCCUCGCUCUCGUAAGCGCCGAGCCCGGCAAUCCGUUCAAACAUCUCGGCUCGGAUCUUCUCCACGCAGUAGAGAAGAAAUUCAACACGUCCUCAUUGGACGCUUGCACCGAAUUGCUCAAAUUGAAGAAGGAGUCCUCCAAGAGCGACGUCGUCUUCUUGCCCUUCACCACGGACAACGCACACUACCUCCUCUCGUCCAGCCAUGCCUCCGCUUGCGUAUAUACGCCUCACACCGCGCAAGAUUUGGCCGGCGCGAUCAAGAUCAUCGCAAAGCAUCGCACGCCGUUUGCGGUUGAAUGUUCCGGUCAUGCUUCGAACCCAGGCUUCUCGUCGACGGCUGGAAUUCAUAUCUCCAUGCAUGGCUUCCAGGACGUGACCGUGUCGGGAGAUAACUCGUAUGUGGACAUUGGAGGCGGGAUCAGCUGGGCUGAUGUAUUCGAGAAGCUGGACAGCUCGACGGUGAAUGUCCUCGGUGGUCGUGUUCCCGGACCAGGGAUUGGAGGGUUCCUCACCGGCGGUGGAGGGUACUCCUGGCUCACGAAUCAGUACGGUCUCACUGGCGACACAUUGAUUUCCGCAAGCAUAGUGCUGCCCGACGGCACAAUCACCGAAGCCUCGGAGACGUCCAGCAGCGACCUCUUCUGGGCGAUCAAAGGCGGUGGCAACCAAUUCGGUGUCAUCUACAACUUCCGACUCAAAGCCUUCCCUCGUCCCCCACAAAUCUACGGCGGCUUGAAGUUCUUCGCGGGACCGCCCAGCCAGGAGGUGCUCGACGCCAUCGCCGACUUCUCCAACAACGUCAAGGAUCCCAAAGCGUCCAUCAUCCCGACCGUCAACUGGGUGCUUGGUGUACCCUUUACCACCGUCCUCGCAUACUACGACGGCAUCCCCGAAGGCGACCCCUUCUCCAUGUUCAACGCCACCUCCAACUACAAAAAGCAGUCCUUCAACGAAUUCAUCAAGAGCCAAAGCAUAUCCAGGUUGGCAGGUAACCAGCGAGGCGCCUUCAACACCGCCAGCUUGCAGAAAAUCACGCCCAAUGUCUUGGCGCAGGUCAAGAACCAGUCGGAAUUUUGGAGUCGCAAAGCGCCCGCGCACGCUGGGACGUUCCUCAGUAUUGACGUUGAGCCGUUUGAGCCGUACUCGCAGUACGCGAAAGAUGCGGCGUGGCGGCAUGAGAAGAAUGAACUCCCCCUCUACCUCUUCUUCGGCUGGCAAAACCCCCUCGAAGACGACUUUUGGCGCGCUGCUCUGCUCGAAUCCUGCGAAAUGAUCGCCAACGCGGCGCGGCAAGAAGGUCAGCAAAUCGACGACAUGCUGUUGUAUCCGAAUUAUGCGUUGAACGAAAUUCCGUCGGAGAGGUUGUUUGGUGCGGAGAAUUUGGCGAGGUUGAGGGAGUUGAAGGGGAAGUGGGAUCCGAAUAAUGUCAUGGGGUUGACGAAGUAUUUUAGCUUUGAGUAG